AAAUCCUAAUCCCCCAAGCCGCACAAUGAAUCCUUUGACGGUUGUUGCAGUCCUCUCCACCCUGGCCCUGUCGGCUCAGGCGCACUUUGCCGCCGCCCCCGCGCCCUACUUUGCGCCGGCUGCAUACUCUGCUCCGCUGCGAUAUGCUGCUCCGGCUGCCUAUUCGGCACCUCUGGGCUUUGCCGCACCGGCUGCCUACUCCGCACCGCUGGGCUUUGCUCCAGCUGCUCCCUAUGCUGCUCCUCUGGCGUACUCCUCUCCUCUGGUUGCCAAGACCUUUGCCCCGGCUCCAGUUGCAGCUCCUCUGGCUGCUGCCCCUCUGGCUGCUGCCCCUCUGGCUGCUGCUCCAGUUGCUGCCCCUCUGGCUGCUGCCCCUCUGGCUGCUGCCCCUCUGGCUGCUGCCCCUCUGGCUGCUGCUCCAGUUGCUGCUCCUCUGGCUGCUGCUCCCGUCGCUGCUCCCCUGGCUGCUGCCCCGCUGGCUGCUGCUCCAGAGAUCGUCGAUGCUCACCCACAGUACAAGUUCGCCUAUGAUGUCCAGGAUACGCUGACCGGCGACUCCAAGACCCAGGAGGAGACUCGCGAUGGCGAUGUUGUGCGCGGCUCCUACUCGCUGAUCGAAGCCGACGGCUCGCGCCGCAUUGUCAGCUACUAUGCCGAUGCCAUCAAUGGCUUCAAUGCCGUCGUCCAGAAGGAUGUGCCCGUUGUGGCGCCCGUCGCUCCAGUUGCGCCUGUUGUCGCCAAGCUUCGCAGCUUUGCGGCACCAGUUGCUGCUCCAGCUCCGGUGCUCGCCAAGACCCUGGCCGCACCCAUUGUUGUCUAAAUGUGGGCGGCGCAUUGUAAAUGGGGCGUGUCGU